CUCGGAGUCAAUCAAUUUGACUAACCAUCCCUUCCUCCUUACCUGACUAGCGUUGUGUGAUCCCGCGGCGCAGUCAAGAUCUAACGCCUAGUAAUGGAGAAUACAAGGUAUUCAUCUUCCUUUGUUUCUACGGUCGAUAAUCCGGCAGUUCGGGGAGACGCUUAGGAUCCUAUAUACCGUGCGAUCAAACAAUGAAGUCGACCGAGUCCUAUUUAAUCAGACGAAUAACCCUUUGUCAAACUAGUUGGCGCCUAAAACCAUGGAGAUUCUGGAGACCUUCGAUGACCCUAUUCAGCGCUUCAAUAGGAACGUCCAACUUUCGCGAUUUAGAUCCUUAAGUCCGUAAGUCCGAUGACAAUAUGCUCUGAGGCAAAUAAGCACUUUAAGUAAAGGGCUACCAGUAUUUUCAAUUGAUUAUAUAGUAGCAGAAGUCAAAGGCGACCGAUUCGCGCGGCGAAUUACUUUGGUCUGACUUUACAACAAUUUUCUCGAUUUUCUGCGUUCCUACUCGUUGUCGCUUUCUAGGGCGUCCAAAUUAGGUAUCGUAGGAUAUCUGGGUAAAGUGGAGUCGCCCCUGAAGAAUGGUACGCUUACAAAUUAACAAUCACGGCAUAAGCAACCUUGGAAGUUCAAGAGACCAACGUUCGAAUGAGAAUUCGAAUGAGAAAUCCGAAUUGCAGAUAUACUCUGACGAGGAAUUUCAACAAUGUCUGUCAAAACAGCAUCGCCUGGCGCAAUACAGUUUUGCGAUUUAUGUAAUAAACCUAUUGCUUCAGACUCUGCUUACAAGCGUCACGUAUCAUAUUGCCGCCGCACUCGAGACCGUCCUAAAAAGCGGCCUCGUUCUUGCAAGGAGUGCCAUUCUGCCAAGGCCAAGUGUAGUUUCGAGCCCGAGUGCUCACGUUGCAGGUCCAAAGGCAUCCAUUGUGUCUACGAAAAACCUGUAUCUGCUCUUGCCAAUAGGAAAAACAGCCAACAUGGCGGUACGUCAAGUUCAUCGGAGGAUAGCUUCCGGUUUGUUAUGGAGGUACCUUGCUCGUCCUUUGCGCGUUUAGCUGGAAUGCCCAACUUCGGUUCUUCAACGAGUUUAGAAGUUCCGGCUUCGUCGCCACGGUCAAUCAUCGCUCUUCGCGCCGACCCUGUCGCUCAGCAAAGCGCCAAAUUCAUCCUCGAAUCCUUCCGAGGACUUCCUUUCACGAUGAUCAGCAGGGAGACGUUUUCGUGGUUCAAUCACGGGUACUGGUUUCAGUCCGGGCCUCCUCAAAAUAUUAUGAGGUGUUCAGAUGUUGCGAACCUGUAUGCUGAUCGCAAAUCGCUUGCGCCAGAUUCGUUUUGGACAGUCAUCAACCAGGAGAACAAGCAGCUUCUUCGAGAUCUCCCGAAUUGCUCUAUGAUGGAAUUGCAAUCAGGGAUGCAGGCGCAGAUCAUAUAUAUGAUAAUGUUUGCGCUGGACAAUAUUUCUUCUAAUGAUAUCCCAGAGAUAACCCUCCAGAUGCUCAUGACAUUUGAGCUUUAUGGCAAAAAGUCUUUCGAGACCGACAACAAUGUUUGGUUUCCUGUCGACAGGCUGGAUGACCCUAAGCUGACCUGGGAGGAUUGGGUAUGUGCAGAGACACAAAGGAGAUGCACCAUUACUUGGUUCCUCCUAAGUCGCGUGAUAGACCUAAAAUUCGGAGUUAUGUGUCCCAGCAUCAGCAACUGUCGCAGACUUCAACUUCCCUCCCCCGGAUCACUAUGGAAUGCCAGGACGCGGAACGAGUGGGAAGCCGCUCGCAGGAUCCAUUGUCGCGAUCAAUUAAAGUUGAUACGGAAAUUUGGCGAUUUGAUAGAAGCACGUUCAUGUCCACCUAAUUCUGAUCACGGCCAAGAGCUGAAUAGGUGGCAUGCGAAUUGCGACAAGUUGGGGUUACUACUAACAUUAGCCACGACGAUGGUCUAAACCUCAAGAUACAUACCUAGGCAAAAGCACAAAUAUCAUAUUAUGUUAUCCGAAGGAAAGAAAUGAUUAUCUCCAAUU